UCAAAGAUUUUGAAGAGUUGCGGUCAGUUGUGUCUGGACGCGCCGCCACCAUGGGCAGAUUAUACGUGUUCACAGCGCUAGCUCUGUGUGCGAUUGCGAACGUCCGCUCAGCUACACACACCAUUUACAGCACUACCGCACUAACAGUCACAGUGGACGAUGACUCUAAUGGCGAAAUCAGACUAAUUGCUGUUAAAAAUGGUGUCCAGACAGUCCUAUCCACCUCUAUGGGACGACGUAACGAAACUCGUCGUGCCCUUGUAGCUUCACGAUUCGAAAUAUCCUUCUCGAAUAAUAUCACCCUAUCAAUCACCAACGAAAAAGUCACCACUCCCAGGGAGGGUGUCGUCUUAACCGUAACCUGGCAGGCGCCGACUUCAACACGGCUAGUGGAUUGCAUCGAUUUGGGUUCUAGUAACUGGUAUGGAGGGCCACAGCAGAAGCAACAAUACUGGCCCAUCGAGAAGCUCAAGUUUAAAGAAUACUCCUACGUUACCAAAGAAGCUGAUAACUGUGGUAUAGCGGAACCCUACUGGUUAAGUUCAGAAGGCUUAUUUUAUUUCUUUGAUAAAAAGGUUCCGCUAUUCGUCGACCAAAACAACGCAGUCCAAAAUGGAACAUGUUUCAUUGCACAAGUCAAACCACCAUACUCAUCUAAAAGAGCGCAAAACUAUUUGAUUUACACCAUAGGAAUAUUCGAAAACGCCCGCCAGGCCCAUGAAUAUGCCGUUUAUAAAAUAUUAAAAAAACCAAGUGGAUAUCCGAACGAGAGAAUGGUCACCUAUCCGAUCUGGUCUACAUGGGCUCGUUAUAAGCAAGAUGUCAACCAUGAAGUCGUUCUCCAAUUCGCUGAUGAGAUUGUUAAACGUGGUUUCCCCAACUGUCAGUUAGAAAUCGAUGACCUUUGGGAAAUAUGCUACGGUUCUUUAACUAUAGAUGUUAACAGAUUCCCUAGCAUGUUGGCUACGGUGAACAGUUUGAAAUCCAAAGGAUUUAAUGUAACAGUUUGGGCUCAUCCAUUUAUAAAUAAGGGGUGCGAGCCUUGGUACACCGAUGCGAAAAAUUUGGGUUACUUGGUGACGUCUGAAGCUAACUCAGUGGAGACGAGCUGGUGGAAUGAUAACGGUACCACAGCCGCGUACAUCGACUUCACAAAACCUGCUGUACGCGAGUGGUACGUUAGCAGACUGGUUCAGCUACAAAGGCAACAUGGAAUCGACAGUUAUAAGUUCGACGGUGGAGAAACCAGUUGGUCACCUGGGGUUCCGGUUCUACAAGGAGAUAUCGAUUUACAACCAGAAACCAUAACGGCUGAUUAUGUUAGGGCUGUCGCUUCAUUUGGAAGUUUAGUUGAAGUGAGAUCGGGAUACGGAACCCAAGACCUUCCAAUCUUCGUACGCAUGAUCGAUAAGGACUCGUUCUGGACGUUUGAUAACGGACUGCCAACUCUCAUCACGACCUUGCUUCAAAUGAACAUGAACGGAUACACCCUCGUCUUGCCGGAUAUGAUAGGCGGUAACGGUUAUUCUGGUGCGCCAUCUCGUGAGCUAUUCAUCAGGUGGUUACAAGCUAACACCUUCAUGCCGAGCAUGCAAUUCUCUUACGUGCCUUGGGACUACGACAACGAAACCAUCGCAAUAAGCAAGAAGUUCGUCGACCUCCACACGCAAUACGCUCCCGAAAUCAUAAAGGCGUUGCAGCGCGCCGUGAGCGAGGGCGCGCCCGUCAACGCGCCCGUCUGGUGGGUCGCGCCCGACGACCGCACCGCGCUCGCCGUGUGGGACGAGUAUCUCCUAGGCGAGAACAUCCUAGUGGCACCUGUAAUCGUAGAGGGUGCGACUUCGCGAGACAUCUAUCUCCCAGCGGGCAAUUGGCUCGACCGAGGGAAUACUUCGAAUAUAAUCCAGGGCCCGACGUGGCUGCGCGGCUACAGCGCCGGCCUGGCCGAGCUGCCCUUCUUCGUGCGCACCAACGCCACCGCCGAGCCGGGCGCCGCCGGCGCUCCCGCCGCCGCUUGCCUCCUAGUCCUUGUCGGCACUCUCCUCAGUAUCGUCCACAAGUUUCAAUACGAUACAUUAUGAAUGAACACUUAUCACAUAUUAUAUAUAUAUUAUAUUUUGUAUUUGUAACUUAAUGUUGAUAAUAACAAUAAACGAAUGAUUUAUAAUUG